UUAAUAUGGCAGCGACUCAACUGGGAAGCCAGUCAGAAAGCUGGAGCCCUGACAGCAGCAAGACUUCCUGAAAACAGACAACUUAAUCGGUACAGAGAUGUUUUGCCAUAUGACCACAGUCGCAUCAUUUUAAACGAAGGAUCCCCAGACUAUAUAAAUGCCAAUCUUGUUGAGAUUACAAGGCUGAACAAAAAGUAUAUUCUUACUCAGGGACCCUUACCUCAUACUGCUAAGCACUUUUGGCAGAUGAUAUGGGAGCAAAAGACUGAAGCAGUUAUAAUGUUAAACAGAGUUGUUGAGAAAAAUCAGAUUAAGUGUUACCAGUACUGGCCCUGUGGGGAAGAAUAUGGACAUGUCAGUCAUCUUGAGUUUGGUAAUUUCAGAAUCCAUUACCUUCAGGAAUUGCGGAGUGAAUACUUUACCAUCAGAUCACUGGAACUAGAAAAUAUUUUGGUUAGUAGUUGUAAAAUUAUCCUUAUUUGCACUCUCAUUCAUAUGGUUAACUGUGCUUAUUGCGUGUUUCAUACCACUGAAAUUAUUGAGGGAAUAAACUUAUUCUUAUACGAAGUGAGAGCUUUUUUUUUUUUGUAUUUAAGUGCUGGCAUAGGGAGAUCAGGAACAUUUGUAAUGGUGGAUUCCAUUCUGACAGAGGUUGAAGGUAUGGGGGACAUGGAUCAAAUUGACAUCAAAGCCAUGCUUUUAGAGAUACGUCAAUACAGAGUGGGUCUUAUCCAAACACCAGAUCAGCUUCGCUUCACAUAUUUGGCAAUUCUAGAAGGUGUACGAGUUCUCAUGCCAGAUGUUUAUCAGAGAGCAGAGAACUGCCACACUCACUUACAGACCAGUGCUGAAAGUGGAGGCCACAACAGUAAAGCGGUUGCAGUUGAAAGGGAUAAAAAAGACCAAGAGGAAGAAGAGGAGACACCUCCUCCAUUACCACCACGGCAAAGGCCUGAGGUCACUGAUGCGCCAGUGACCAAGAAAAGCCGCCCAAAUAAUGAUGAGCCAGAAUCACAACAAGAAUUAUUCUCAGACAGCAGUGAAGGGUCAGAGGAAAUCAUCAACUUGUCUUCAUUAUCAGACUCAGAACCUGAGGAUGGGCUCAUCCCAAAAGAAGAUCGAGACAACAAAGUUUUUGAGGAAACACAUCUGGGAAAUAACAGCUUGAAGGAAAAGAAUGAACCCUCCUCUGUGCAAACUCAGUUACAGCAAACAAAGAAAGUGCCUCAACCUGAAAAUGAAGGGCCUUCACAUACAAGUGAAACUCUUCAACCAACAGAUGAAGAAGAGUUGCAACAUACAGAGGAAGGCCCUCGAAUAACAAACGAAGGUUGUCAACGUACAGAGGAAAGUGGUCCCCAGUCAGAGCAUGAAGGGUGUUGUAAGACCGAAAAAGGCUUCCAAUCAACAGAUGAUAGGACUAAACAAACAAAGGAACACCUUCAGCCAACAGAUGGAGAGGGAAUAAAAGAGAAAGACAGUAUAACUCAAAUACGCAAGCGAAGACGGGAUGAACGUAAGCAAAAGAUAACAGAGCUUGUGGAAAACAUAAAGAAGAAUGUUAAACGAGAGGAAGAUGCAAAAGUGUGGAGGUCCAGACUGAAAAACACUUUUAUUGUGGUAGCAGUAUGUUCAGUGGCUUACUUUACAUUCAGAUACUUUACCAGUGGGUAACAAGUAUCAGUUUUCUAACAAAUGUCAUUCAUGUGUUAAUGAUUGCAGAUUGUUUGAUACUUUAGUUAGUUGAUACUAUUUGAAGAACAGUUUGGGCUUUUACCUCUCUAACACUUUGAAACUAGCUACCACUGACAGUGGUGCACAACUAAACGAGGACCUAAAAUCCUUGCAGUUUUUAAGCUGUCAGCAAGGUUCAUAUUUUAACCCCCAAACUUUUUUUUUGGAAAAUUCCUACAUGUUUAAACUUAGAAUCUAUCAUUAUUAUGUUGUCAACAUGAUUAAAUGUUACUACUUGAAUCUUUACUGCUAAGCUAAUGUUUCUCUUGGAUACCCAUUCAAUAUUAGCACUGAUAGGUCCUUAACGUGAACAUUAUUUCGAUGAUAAAAACAUCAAAGAGAAAAUGAGUUUGAGAGGUAGCACAUGAAAAUAAAUAUUUUACGAUUAACCUUGCUACAACCAGUGGUGGAAUCAGGUAUGAAUAAAACUAGUAACAACAGCAAUAGUUACGGUUCAUUUGAUAUACAUAUAAAUUAUAUAAACGAGUUUAUUUGCAGAAAUGUUUUCAGAGUGCUGUAUAGUACACUAGAGCAUGAUUAUGACAGAUGACCAACUGAUCAACUGUAGAUUUGACUUGGCAUUUUAUUACCAUUAGGUUUGUACAGCACAACUUGUGUGCAGCAAAUUACGUUGGCAAUGUAAAAACUUAGUGUACAUUCUUACCUUAUAUAUAAUUUAGAUAAAAUAAAAUCUUUUCGUGGGUAAUAUCUUCGAAUGCAAACAAAUUUGGGUUGCAAAAAGUACUCAUGUUGUUGAUUUGAGUUCUGAAUUAAAGCAAACCCAGGUCUUAAUUUUUGAGAUUCCGAGGGGGUCUUAGGUCCUCAUUUUUGAGAUUCCAAGGGGGUCCUAGGUCUUAAUUUUUGAGAUUCCGACGGGGUCUUAGGUCCUCAUUUUUGAGAUUCCGAGGGGGUCCUAGGUCUUAAUUUUUGAGAUUCUGAGGGGGUCUUAGGUCUUCGUUUUUGAGAUUUGGCGGGGACCUUAGGUCUUAGAUCUUAGGUCUUGGGUCUUUAUUUUUGAGACGCCCAUUUUUUCAUGUACAGAGUCUACACUGACACUUGUUGUAACCAUUUUUAUAUGUAACCCUGAUUUCACCACAAUCAAGGUUAAUCUGAAACAAAAAUUACUUUUAUUUGGUGCCUCUUUAACUCACUUUUUUUUGUUGAAUAGUUGUUUUAUGAGCAAAUUGACUGAAUUCCUUUAGGUGCACCUCAUAAGUACUCUUUGUUUAUAUGUUCACUGGUUUUGUAAGUUUAAUGGCUCAGUUAUUACAGAUUUCCUAGUUUUUUAUAAAUAUGACCACGACUACGAUUAUGAAAAUUACAAGGCUUUUGGAUUAUUUUAACUUCAUGCUGCAAGAUGUGAAUGAAAUUCUGCUGUGAGUGGUGUAACAUGAUUGAUGAUGUCAGCCAUUGAAAAGGUAAUUUGAAAGCCAGUGUAUGAGUAAGCACAAAAUAUAAGCAGUUUAUCUAGAAAAGAAUCAUUUUCAAACAGUCUAACUUUUUGUCUGUGUUGGGUUAUUUUUAAUGUUUUCUUGUUCCUGGUAGUGCUUUAUGGUUUAUUUGAACUUGAUGUCUGUGUUAUUAAAAUACUAAGCGUAGCUUUCUGGUUCUUCUUGGUACCAGGUCAGAAAAGUCAGCUGACCAUCUUUUUGAACACAUGUGAUCUGGUAACAAUUUUGCUUGUUCCGAUACAAUUUUUUUUUAUUAAGUACCUAAAAACAAUGAAUAUGAUAAAUAAAUGCAUAAUGUUUACUCUGCUAAUUACUGAUUAGUAUGAGGAACAUUUGCAUUUAAGACCGAAAUCGGUCAAAAAUUUGUUCUAUGGUUUUGGGGUUUUGGGAGAGCAAGCCCCUAGGGUCUUUACGACCUUACCGAUGGGAGUUCGGUAAUUAAUAAACGCGUGCUAUUAGAUCAGGGUUCACAAUGCGAUUGUUUUCUAAUAGUCAUUAAUUAUUAUAAUUUGCUAUAACCGGUAGUUAUUUAUUAUUACCAUUGAUAUUAUUGUAUUUGUAUUUUGUGGGUGCCAUACAACAUACACCACCCACAGCAGACUGUCAUGCACAUCUCACAGUCCUUAGUAGAUUGACAUUCGUAUACAGAACACUAAAAAAAGAAGUUGUGUCAUUUGUUAGCCAUAGAUUAACAUGUCCAGCAGGCCAGAGUCAAAGAAAUUUGACUUUUCCGUACCCACACAAGGUUAAUGAUUCAGGUUUUCUCUGGCACCACGAAAGAAGCUAGGCAAUUUGUGUUUUGUCAAAGAUGAGGGGAUUGCAAGUGGCCCUGCUGGUUCAUAGAACAUUGAAUAAUGCCAUCAUUUGCUUAAGCUGAUUCCUUAGUAUUGCAUUGUGCAUCCCUACUGUGCAAGAUUUUUGCGUCAUUAGCGCGCACACAUGAGCGCGUGCGCGUACAAAACGUAAGAGAUUUCUCUCAAACUAAGCUCGAUCGCGAAUUAGAUGCUCCUUUUUUGUUAAACGAGUACAGUGACCCCCACUUUUUAUUUCAUAAUUUCAAUAUCCUCAAUAACUAAACAAUAUCCUCAAUAACUGAGAAAAAAAA